AUGAUGCCUUUGGAAUGGCAGCCCCAACAGCUGUAUCAUAUAGCUUGGAAAAUGGCGAAAGAGAAAGAGUUUCAAAGCGCAAAAUGCGGAUACGGUUCCUGGGAUAACCAAACAGAGUAUUUCGCCGUGGCGGUCCCCGGGCUACGGUCAAGUUACGAAAACAUGAAUGCGGGGAUCAGCAACGGAGAAAUGAGGUUCAGAAGAGAUGAAGUACGAAGCUAUUUCGAUGCUCAGAUUGACAAGCUGUACGAGCUUCUUGACAGGCAGCUUACUCGUCUGUUACACAACUUUCCGGAUGAGCAAGCAUCGGCUUUUCUCGUUCUAUCGGGCGGCCUAGGAAAUUCGAAAUAUGUACUCAAGCGACUUCAAGAGCGAUACGAAGGUAGACCUGCACGAUUUCCAAAUAUUCAAUCUCUCGAAGUAAGAGUAGCUCCGGAGCCACAAUUAGCUGUAUGCAAGGGAAUUGUUGCAGACAGAGUCCACAAGUUAAGGACAGGAAGAUCAGUCCUGGGAUGGCGAUGCAGUCGUGCUUCGUACGGGACAACGUCCAAAGUUCUAUACAAUCCUCAACGCCCGGAUCACUUUGGAAAAACUCCAGUGAAAGACGAACGCGAUGGAAAACUUUAUAUCGAGGAUUGCAUCACUUGGUUCAUCAAGAAGGGAGAGCCCGUCUCGGCUGAUCUCCCAAUUAUCAAGAGAUUCACUCGCAAGUGUGACCCGGCAACUCCGUUUAAUCCAGAUCCUGCCCGAGUCUUCGACACCAUAAUCAUUACAAGCAACCUGGACAAAGAUUCGUUACCUCUAGUCAUGAACUCAUCUUGUUCAAAGAUAUGCGAUAUCUCAUCUGACUUAUCAAGCAUUCCCCUCUCAAUGUUCAAGCUGAAGAACAGACACUUCUGGAACACGAGACCAAAGUACCACCGCAUCGAGUAUGUCAUUAAGGUGAUCGUGGGCCCAGCAGACCUCCGUUUUGAGCUGUGGCAUAAUAGCAAGAGAAUUAGCAGUGGUAAUCCGAUCAGGGUCGAGUGGUUUGCUGCAGAUCCGCCUCCAAUGCCAGCACCACGGGAAACCUAUCCUGAGUGGCAUGAACCUGACCCGGAAGCCAGACCAAAUAGUCUAGAGCUUAUGAAUGGCCUGCCAACUCACUUUACUUUUAGAAUCCCACGACGUCCAAUCCCCUUCAUGCGGGGAGCCCAUCUUUGUACAUACUACGAGUCUCUUAAGAGUCUCUCUCUUCCUGGUUUUGUCCACUCAAUCGAUCAUUUCAGACCCUCCUCGCUGCGCCUAAAUGCCAGCAGCAUAGACGUGAAGUGGAUCGAAAGAACAGAUAUUCGUCAGCCGAAGGGUUUCAAAAAUCUAGAGGCCGUUACCCCUGAGCCGACUACUCGGCUAAAACUAGGCGAGAGAAUAGGGGCUCAGCGCCCUCUUUCUUGCAGUAAAUCCUUCCAGAUGCAUUUCCGCUUCAGCCUUCCCAAAAUCGACUCAACAAAUCCACCGGAAGCCAUUGGUCAAUUUCUGCUAGUAGAGUCUGCAGGCUCCCCUUUCCCUUUCCCCAUUUCGGAUAGAGGUCGAGAUAACGUGAGAUGGAGGGAGCUGAGAUGCAGUGUUACACGGCGGCCGCCCUUUGUCUAA